AUGAAUAUGAUCAACAAUGAAACUCAGCAUAUGUCUUGUUUCAAGAUUGUGGAAUCUUUCAGAAAAGGAAAAAUAUAUAUUCUACUCAAGAAUUCCAACACCGGGUCUCAAGUUUAUCUUGUUGGAACUGUUCAUGUUUCCAAAGAGAGUCCUCAGUUAGUCAAGAAGGUUAUCAAUUUUGUAAAGCCUCAAUUGGUCGCGAUUGAGCAGACCAAGAAAUAUUGGAGACCUGUAAACGUCAAUGAAGGCUGGUUUAAGAUGUUUCUCAGGUCGAUGAGGCCUCCAGGUGACCUGCAUGAUAAGAUUGAUAUGUUUAGGAGGGAACGUCGACUGCAGGCAGAUGGCAUCAUUCGAGGAGAGGAGUUCAAGGUAGCGAUAGAAGAAUGUUUAAAACUGAAAGCAAAAUUGGUUCCUAUUGGUAGAGAACUUGGGGAUUUUAGUAUAUUUCUUCCUUGGGAGAUCCACUUGCAGAGGCACAGAGCUCUGAACAAAGAAAAGAGCAAUGCACGUUUGAUGGAUGACGGAUCCAGAUCAUAUGUACGAAAAACAAAUCGAGAGCUGCUUAUACUUUUACCAGAGCUUUAUAAGGUGGUGGUUGAAGAUAGACUUAUUGUGGCAGUGGUUGGGAUGGGACACAUGGAUGGAAUUGAACUAUUGUGGAAAAGUGCAGAGGAUGCCGAUGAUCAUAAGCUUCUACUCGCAACAUCAGAAACUGGGGGUCCGCAGACAGGAAAUUCCAAUAAUGGGUCUCAACUGUAUCUCCUUGGAACUAAUCCUGCGUAUAGAGAGAGUGCAAGAACAAUCAAAAAGGUGAUCAGUUCUUUAAGGCCUGACGUAGUUGCGUUUCAGCAGGCCAUGAGUCAAGCGGAGGAUAACAGACAAGCGGAUGCAUUUAGAGAUUGGAUUCCUGCAAACAAAAGCUGGUAUAGUUUGUUUCUUAGGUCCAUGAGGACUCCAGGUGGACUUGUAAACAAGAUUAUUAUGUUUUUAAAAAAUGUGGAGGAUCUUCGACAGCAGGAAGAAGAAGAUGACAUAGGACCGGAUUUCAAGGUUGCCAUGGAAGAAUCUCUAAAAGUGGAAGCCAAAUUGGUUUCUAUUGGUCACGAUUUGGAUGAUAUUGUACAACAGCUUGAUAGUUUUGAUCAUAUUCCUUUGAGGAUUCUCUAUCAAAGGUUUAAAGCUAUAAACACUUUUGACAAAUUGAAGUUUCUAUUUAUAAGUUUUUUCUCAGAGACUGGAUCUAGACCAAAUAUGCGAGAAGACAAUCGAUUUUCACGUCUUCUGCUUUCAGAGAGACAUAAGGUGAAGGUUGAAGACGAGGAUAUAGUUAUGUUUACAAGUCUUAGAAGAAUGGAAGAAAGGCUUAUUGUGGCAGUGGUUGGCAUUGCACACAUGGAUGGAAUAGAACAGUUGUGGAAACGUGAGGAAGCUAAUGACAAUAAGCAAACUCUGACCGAAGGAAGUGCGUGUCAGCAACGGGACAGGGAUGUUAAGAUGUAGUAGCUGGAAGAUGGAAAUAUAAUCUGCAAGACUGCAAUAUAUUGUUGAAAAGCCGGAGCAAGUUUCAGUAAGCGCGUUGAAUAGUUCGUGGUUGCUGGCUUAUCUUGUUCAGAGACCAUUGGAAACAUAUUUAGAGAUCUUAUAUUUUUAUUCUGGAUUCUCUGACAUAAAACUUGUCAGAUUUUAGAAAGUGACUUAUAUGCUACUUAACCACCAGCUUAAAUCUUUAUUUCUUCUUGUUUAAACGGUUAUUCUGUAAGCAAGACACUCAAUCCAUAUUAAGCUAUGUUUUUGCGAAUCUGUAAUCAGUUUUACUCUUGCAUUUGGACAAAAGAUGAGUGACAUGGAAAAUAA